UUUUGCAAUAGGAGACGUUUGAUCGUCUCGUUUUCUCUGCGUAGGCCUGAGGUUGUACACCAACCGUGCGCUAGAGGGCAUCAAUUCUCGAUAGGGUGAAAAAUUGCUCCGAUGGAUAGAAAAAAAGUCAAUAAAACGACAUCUCAUCCAGCGCGUACAUACACACCCGGCCUUUUCGUUUUAUUGAUCUUACACUAGAUUUUCCACGGACAGAGACCUUUUUUUUCAAUAAGUGUCGGCACUGAAAGGCUGUCGGAUCUUUUCUGGAGGUGUGUGGGAUCAGAGAGGAGUCCUGUCUUUCCCAGUUUCCGUCCGGCAGCAUAGUGGCUCGAUGUUCGUUGUUUUUCACUGAUAACCGGGACCCAGGAAUUAUAAAUAACAGCCAGCUCAAAUUCACCAGAAUUAACUCUCGGUCAUCUCUGUGUUCGGCUGUGUUCCCUCGCCCAUCAUCGGACCAUAGACAGGAUGGAGGAGCUCCUGAACCAAUGGCUCUGGCAGGAGGACUACUGGCUUCCUUCUGGAAUCACAUGGAAGGACCUUGAUGAAGGCUCUGUGGAAGGUGGUCGCUAUCCUCUUCCUCGAGACCUGCUUAUCACCCUUCCUCUGGCACUGGGUUUCAUUGCUCUCCGCAUUGUUUUCGAGAGGGUGGUGGCAUUACCUCUCAGCAGGAUGAUGGGUGUGUCUGACAGGAUUCGUGCACGAGCUCCUGCCAUUCCAAAGCUGGAGGCCUUUUACAUGCAGAAAAACAACCACUACAUGCAGGGUGAGCUCCUGGGCCUGGCGAAGCACUGUGGCCUCACGCCUCGGCAGAUCCAAAACUGGCUCCGCCUCCGCCGUAACCAAGACCGGCCCAGCAACACCAAGAAGUUCUGCGAAGCCUCGUGGAGGUUUGUCUUCUACCUCAUCGCGUUUGCCGCCGGGCUCGCCGCCCUGAUUGCUACACCCUGGUUCUGGGAUCACCGGGAAUGCUGGCGUGGAUAUCCCAGACAACCCCUGGCUGAUACCCAUUACUGGUACUACAUGCUGGAGCUCAGCUUCUACUGGUCCCUGCUGCUGUGCGUCUCUGUGGACGUCAAGCGUAAAGACUUUAGAGAGCAGAUCAUUCACCACAUCGCCACCAUCGUACUGAUGGGUUUCUCCUACAGCGGCAACUAUGUGCGUGUGGGGACUCUAGUCAUGCUGGUGCAUGACUCAUCUGACUUCCUGUUGGAGUCUGCUAAGAUGUUUAACUACGCUGGCUGGAGGAGGACUUGCGACACUUUGUUUGUUGUUUUCGCUGUAGUUUUCCUAGUAACGCGUCUUGUUAUCUUUCCCUGCCAGGUGGUCUAUUCGACUCUGGUGGUGUCGGUGGAUUUCUUGCAGAUAUUCCCUGGUUACUACUUCUUCAACGGCCUUCUGCUGGUCCUGCAGGCACUCCACGUCUUCUGGGCCUACCUCAUUCUUCGCAUGCUCUACAAAUUCAUCUUCUUGGGCAAAGUGGAGCGUGACGAACGGAGUGAUGAAGAGGACGAGGAGGAGGAGGAGGAGGAGGAGGAAGAGGGUGACUGCACAGAGGGAGAGCCCUGCUGGGAGGAGAAGAAGAAGGGUAUGCUGAAUUCCAGGCUCGUCUCCCUGGCCAACAACUGUGUCCUCAACAACCUGACCCAUCAGAGGAGGAAUAUGAACAGCAAACUACCCAAAGCCAGAUAGUAGCCCUCCGCCAGACCGAUUUUACCUGCUCGCAUAGCAGCGAUAAGUCAUGACACCCAUGCUGGUUUUGCAGACCACGUCCACUGAAAUUUUAGUUCUUCUUACAUGUGCGAAACAUCUAUAUUUUCUCCUGGGGGGAAAAAAGGGGGUUUUAGGCCAUUUUUAGUUCAAGUCUUUCAUUCUUUAGUGAAAUGAGAAAGAUGUGAGCUGUGGCGCAAUAACGCUUCAUUUUACUUCCUUAAAUGUAGCCAGCAACACUUUGCUAGAAGCUAAAAUCGGCAAGUGGACAUUGGACUCACUUUAAUGAUGGUUUUUUGGAUAAAAAUUGGUAAUUCUGUACACCUAACAAUCUCAGCAUACCUGUAGAGGGCAUCACAAGGUUUUGUAAGAAAGAAAUAUAGUGCAUUUAAGGGAGGAAAAAAGAAUGAGCACCAUUUACAAUGUGUAAUUUUAAUUGUAAAAUAGUUUUAGAAAGGGAAUAUAAUGUGUCUUAAAUUUAAUUGAUUCUGAUUAUUACAUUUACUGUCCUUAUAUGGGAGAGAGACAGGUGCUAAUAUAGUGAACUGCUGUUUGCUUACAGUGGGACUCUCCUAUAUUUAACUAUUUUUCCUGCUGAAUUUUCAGAAUUUCUUACACUUAUAAUAUUGAAUUUUGAACCAUUGCAGCAUCCAUGUGGCUUCAGUUCAGCUGUCUACUGGGUUUACAUACGCAUAUCCACAUGCCUAUACUGUUAAAGCAUUGCUGUUGUUUGGUUUUUAAGAGGACUCACACCUCCCCCUAGUGAUGGACUAGGGCAUCCGUCCGCUUGUUUUGGCGACAAUGGUUUCCAUGAAUCAACAGCUCAUGAACUGCGAAGCUUUGUCUUAGGUGCACAUGCUUUUUGUAGAAUAUUGUGGAUUAUUGCAUUAUGCAAUCUGAGUCUGGUUGAUUAGCAAAGGAUCUCUCCAUGAGUAUGUAAUCCGUUUCUCAUUUGAACAGUUAACAUGCUCCUAAUAUGCUAUCUGGAAUAUAUAUAUAUAUAUAUAAUUUAUUUUAGGCCAUACUUCCUUAAUAAUAAUAUUAAUAACAGAAUUAGUAACACUGACGGGCAUUUAAACUGGAUUAAAUAAAAGAUAGUAUGCUGUCUUGUUUCUAGGACAAAUGCAACCUAGCAGUCUUGUUAUAAACACCCAGUUUUGCCAAAGCAUAAAAUACCACAAACCACUUGGAAAACUCAGCUUUAGUUUCUUGUACAUCAGUUAGUCCGUGACUGCAUCCCGCUUUUGCAGAAAUGUCCCUAGAUUAACAAAAUUGGGUAGAGAUAGAAGUGAAUUUUUAAAAAGUUUGAUGGAUACCCUCACCACUGCCUUUAAAGGGAUUGUUAAAAGCUAACCAGUCUGGGCACGAAAGCCACCAGUUUGCAACUCUUGACUCCUAUGUAGCUCACUUCCAGUUAGCAUCGUUCAUUAUUUUGUGUAAACAAUCCCUUUUAUUACUGCUGCAUAUUUCCAAUGUCAGCUUCCCUAGGUUUACAAAUUUGGAGAUGCACUUGGCCACACCCCCAGUGAUGUUACCUGGGGUCACUGGGUCCUUCGAACCUCAGACACCCUCACCCAGGCGACUGUCUCCCAGGCGAUCCAGCUGGGAGCAAUUUAUUCCCAUCUUGGAUCGAAGUAGCAUAUCCGUCCACAGAUCGCUCCUUUUGAUCACAAGAGCCAUGUUUGUGAUAAGUGUUGUGUGCAACAUAGCAGUGGCAUAUGACUCCUGUGAUGGCCACCAUCGUAGUUUGCUGGAGGGGUAGGAAUUCAUAAGUGGUUUGCCUCAAGUCUGUACCGUAGAUGACGUGCACUGUAGUUAUUGCUGAGCCUUCUUUCUGUGAGCUGCACAUCCAUAGCACUUACCAGUCUUGCACUGCAAGGCUCUGUACACAUGAAACCUCUUAGGGUUCAGUGGUCAUCAGGGGCCAGUUAAGUCUCUCCUGAUCUAACAUUAUCAUAUUAGGAUUAUGGUGAUGGAAUAAUCCCGGAUUAUCAUCAUCCAAGAUGCUUCGUGUUCAAGCGGCCUUUUUGUUUGUUUGUUUCACUGUAUAUUAACGUUAAUUUAAUUUAGGUUCAUUUUUAAUUUCGUUUAGGUGAUUUUAUUUUGUGAAAGCACUGUAUUAACUGUCACUUAUGGUAUUCCCAACAUGUAGUGAUACCAUAAGAGGCGCUUAUUGAUAAGUAUAUUGGAGGUGAUGCAUGGAUGCUAUGGGGACUGACUCCUGUCACACUGGUGUCUUCCACAAACUCCAGGCACAUUCCCUCCAUGCAUUUGAAUGAAAAAUAAUAAAUACAGUUAUAAAAUG